UUAAAAAUGCUAAUAAUUCAUGAUAUAAUUAAUCAUUUAAUGUUGUUUGUUUUAAAACUUAAUAUUCUACCCAAGGUUGCAGAUGGGUUAUCUGUCAUUUUGUCCAAAAUCUCAUAAGUAUUCUAUUAAGAGCCUUCUCUUUUUAAUUUACUUUUACAGGUCAAAGGAUUAAGUAAUGGAUGGCAAUAUGUACAACUAUGCCCAAAACAAUAUUUGGAGUAACUACAAUGAAAGCUUUCAGCCCCCUUCUUUAGACUUACAAAGCUACAUGCCAACAAAUAGAGAAUAUCUACACAGAGAAACCAAUAAAAAUACAUUUAUUCCAACAGCUCCACCAUAUGUGUUUUUUCAUUACAAUGGUGAAACAGGAAAUCCACACUAUGUGCCAGAAAGCAUUAACAGAAAUCAUUGGCACCAAAGUGCAUGGUCCAAAAUAAAAUCUAGGCCAGAUUUAAAUCUUCAUCAUACAAGUCAGCAGCAUGAGGAUCAACAUUUCAAAAGGGAUUUGGAGAAUAGAAACUUACAAUCUGGCCCUGAAAGUAUUAACUCUGUAGGUAGAAGUCCUAUCAAGGAAGCCCAUAUAAGGGGGACAACUAGUGGAAGCCAAUCUAACAGUGCCAAUGAUAUUCCCACCUUUUCGGUUGAGCAAAGCCAACCAAACUCAAAAAUAGCUAGCAAGAAAAAUUCUAAGACUCCUAAAAAAAAGAAAAAUCAGCCUAAAGAAUCUGAAACAAAUAAUAAAAAAAGAACACGGGACGAAGAAAAAUGGGCUAGAAAUGUUCGUAAAAAAGCUCGGGCUAGAGGAGAGAGUUAUGUGUCAGUUCAAGGCAAAGUAGUACCAGCUAGAUGUGUUAAGCCAGUGGAUUGUUCCAAAUGUAAGUUUAACUGCCCUUCCAGGGUCUCAGAGGAAGAAAGGGAAAUUUUAUUCAAAGAAUAUUGGAGUUUGGAUACUUUCAAAGAAAAGGUUAAUUUUAUAUCCAGUUGUGUCCAUGAAUUUACUCCCCUAAGGCCUGUUAGUGGACGCCGUGCAUAUUCCAGAAGAUACAUGUUAAAAAAUAACGGAAAAGAGGAACGAGUGUGCAAAGAAUUUUUUGUGACCACCUUUGAUAUUAGUGAGAGCACUAUAGUGACUUACAUGAGCAAAAAACGCAAGGGGCCUGAAGCAAUAGCAGACAUGCGAGGCAAACAAACCCCAAGUAACAAAACUCCACAGACAACAGUGAGGUUAAUUAGGGAACAUAUUUUAGCACAGAUAGGACUCCAUGGGGAAUUCACUCGAUCUCCUAAUGAUGAUAUGAGGAAUGUGAAAAGGUUGUACAAAAACUAUCAAAGUGAAUGUGAGGGAGAUGGCAUCAAGCCAGCCAGCAUUUCGGUCUAUAGAAAGGUGUUCACUGAGAUGCACAAAGAUAAAACAGAUUCUCCUGUUGUUUUGCCACCUGAGAACAUUUUAGCCCACAAUCCCAAGCGGAGGGCAAAAACACCAAAAAAACAUGAGGGCAAUCAUUUUAUGUUAGGUGAUGAUUCAGCCCAAAGUUCAAUUUCAGAAAACGAAUCUUCUCCAUGUGAGAGCAACUCUUUACCCGCCACAAACACACCACCACUUGUUGACCUUGACCCACUUCCAAAAUCUUUCAAGGUUAAUCAGCAGAUUCCUGCAUCUGUUGAUUCUUUUCCAGAUAAUAGAAUGGGCAAUUUAUAUUUACCACAUUCUACAACUAAUCAGCACCAAUUUUUACCAUCACAUCUUCAGCAGUCCCAGCAGUAUAAUACAGCUUGCAGUAACAUGAAGUCUGUGUACAAUCAUUCUAUUAGUCAAGGUGUCUCUACAUCUUCCAUUCACAACAGAUUACAUGUUAAUAAUAUGUUGCCUUUCAUGUGGGACUCUGAUAGACCAGGUACCAAUGUAAGCUCAACUGAUCAAGGUAUGAUCUCAGCGUACCCAGGCCACUCUUAUCUCAACCAACCAGCAGCAUCAUCGUCCUUGUUCAACUUCAGUGUAUCACCCACAGCUCCAGAACCUCAGCUAGCUGCUUCUAAGUCCAAUUCUAAGCUUUGUUCAGAAACACACAAGCCUAGAAAAGACAGGAGCAUUAGUGCAAAGAAACCAAAAGACACUAAAGGAAGUGGUGACCCGAAGAAGAGGAUACGAAAUGAGGAUGCUUGGGGUCGGAAUGUUAGGAAGAGGUUGAGGUUCAAAGGGGAAGCUUACACUUCAGUUCGGGGAAAACCUGUAGAAGCUAAACUAGUGAAAGAAGUCAACUGCUCCAAAUGUAAAUUCAAAUGCACAGAGAGGAUAACAGAGGACCAAAGACAGAGUCUCAACAAAUACUACUGGAGUUUAGAUACAUAUAAAACAAAAAUUGAAUUUUUGACCAAAUAUGUAGAGACAUACACUCCUAAAAGAAAAAUGACAGGUCGACGCACAUUUUCAAGAAAAUAUACAUUCAACAUCGAUGGUAAAGAAGAAAGAGUGUGCAAAGAUUUUUUUAAAGCAACACUACACAUCAGUGAAAGCACCAUAGCCACUGCUUUAGAGAAAAGCAGAAAAGGUCCUGAUGCGAUUGUUGACAUGAGGGGCAAACACAAGCCAGUGAACAAAACCACAGAAGAAACGCUCCAGAGCAUCCGUGAACUUAUCAUCUACCUGACAGGUAUGCGCCCCCAUCGCAGCAGCAACAAUAGCAGACUUGGGAAUGAGUUCAAAGACAUUAACAGGCUGUACCAGUGCUACAAGUAUGACUGUGAAAAGAAAAACAAAAAGCUUGCAAGCUUGGGUAUAUUUCGCAAUGUCCUCGUCAAAGAGUUUUGCAUUAAAACUUCAAAGCUUAAGAGUGACUGUGAGAAAAAUGUCAGCCAACAGAAAAAUGGACAACAAGCCAAUGGAGAAACUUUUUCACACCAGGGCUUAAGUUAGAGACAGCUGCCACCAAUGUUACUUGAUCAUUUUCAAUAAAUCAGGGAAAAAGUUAAUGAAUGACAUAAAUUAGUAUUAUGUGCUUCAUGUUGCUGAUGUAAUUUAAAUUUGUACAUUUUUACAACAUUAUACAGUUGACCAUUUAUGCUUUAUGGGAUGGCGUGACCUUGUGGUAGAGAGCUAGACUGCUAACCCGAGAGUCUUGAGUUCGAAUUCAGGUUCAAGUCAGUUUGACGUCCUUGAGUCCACCUGGCUCUGAUAGGUAUCUCAGGGAAAGCAAAGGCAGUGGGUAUAGUGCUGACCAUUCUAUCCCUUCAUAUGCCGAGCCCUCUGAAACUCCACUUCAUUUGCCUCAUGUGUCUGGGGCAUGAUCAGGAAAAGAUGAUGAGAUGAUUUAUGCUUUGUUUAGUUACUGAAGAACUCAAAUUUAUUAUUUAAUUUUAAUGGAAUAUUUCUUCACAAAAUGUGUAACUUUAGUUAAACUCAAUUUCUAAAAUUUAUGAAACUAAUUCUCCAUUUGUUAUUUGUGAACUGCCAAGAUUAAAUUCUGAAUGAGCUUAAAAAUAAUGUACUAUGUGUAGCUGAUUCUAAUCAGGGAAUGGCGAGUGUUUAUAGUGCUGACCAGACUAUACUUUCCCUUAUGGUGUCGGAUGAGUCAGAUGUAUUGAACAUUAUCUGCACAUAAAACUUAAUAUAUUAAGUUUUAUCAAACAUAAUAUAUUAAUUUUUAGCAAUUUAAGUUAGACUAAUUAAAUUAGUGGGUUUAAACUGCUAUUCUGCCUACUGUAUUAAAAUAUUUUUUAUAGUUAUAUAGUAUUAUAUUGUUAAAUUAUAUUUGUGGCAUUUGCAACAUUAUUUUAAUCCAGCCAGUCUUAUCAGUAUAUUACAAAACUUACUGUAAAUGAUUCUGUAGUUAACAGCUAAAUAAUACCUGAAUUUUCUGCCUUAUUAAAAAAGCAAUUCAGUAGUUUUACCCUCUUCUGAGAAUGUAUAAUAUCCUAU